AUGGGUACUGCAGCUCCUCAUAUCACCACAGUCAAUAAGCUUACUAUGAGAAAUGGUCCGAUUAUAAGUCAUGAGCAACAGAUUGCUCUUUGCGCAAAAGUGACUGAUAUUGAAAUAUUUGAUGGAUUAAGAUCAAUUGGUGAUGACAAGGCACCGGGAGUAGAUGGAUUUAAUGCCAUGUUUUUCAAAAAGACAUGCAUAGUUAUCCAACAAGAUGUGUGUGCAGCUGUUGGGGAGUUUUUUUGCUAUAGAGAAAAUGUGUUAGCUAACAGGAUAGAGACAUUUAUAGCCUCAGUGAUUUCAGACAUUCCAGCUGGAUUUAUACCUGGACGAAAAGGGACUGAUAACAUUAUCCUUGCUCAUGAGCUAGUUAAAGCAAAUAGCAGGAAAAAUAUAUCUCCCAGAUGCAUGAUUAAGAUAGAUAUCCAGAAAGCUUAUGACAGAGUUGACUAG